CCAUUCCACAACUCCUCCCUUCUGCCGUGUCCGUGCCCCACAGACAUCCCAGGGUCUCGUCAGCCUCUGCCUUUGCCGCUACAGCCUCACCAGAGCCCCUGAGCUUCCAUUCCAUCUCGAUCUCAUCAGCUAGCAGCAGUCACCAACUCCACCGGCACAAGGUGUAGCAGCCGAUGGAGAGGCUGAACACGAAGCUUUACCUGCAGAACUGCUACAUCAUGAAGGAGAACGAGCGGCUGCGCAAGGCGGCCAUGCUGCUCAACCAGGAGAACCAGGUCCUGCUCUCCGAGCUCAAGCACCGCCUCGCCAAGUCCGCGACCGGCAACAACAACAACAACGCGGGGCCGAACCGCGCGUCGUCCAAGCCCGACCUCGACGCGGCCCCGCCGGUUCAGGCCGGCGGCAAGGGCAAGCCGGCCCCCAAGCCCAUGUAGUCCCCAAGCUUCUGUGUGUACGAGCUGGUGUUGCAGUGGCCUAAUUCACGGCGUUGGUUUAGUUAGCUAGCUCUGGAUGUUAAUUACCAGGAAGGUUUGUUUGGUUUUAGUUGAUGGAAAACUUAAUUCCUUCCCAAUGUUUUAGCUGAUAUGUAGCAACGCCCUUGUAAAGAAUGGAUGACUAGAUCAAUCGGUGCCGGUGGUAUAGAGAGAUGGGUCUCUCUGAACAACACAGAAUGAGGCCUUCUAUGUCUUUUCCGGGAGGACAUCGUGCAAUCUCAAAUAGUGCCUUAGGAUCUUGUCAGCAC